AUGGGGCCCCCAGGCAAUAGGGGAUCAUGGGGCCCCUGUGUCCUCACCCACACUCAAACCACACCCAAAAAAGCCUAUGAAAGGUACCAGGGGCAUCUCAUGGUGCCCCUUACUGACCCUGGGCCCUCGGGCAGUACCCAAGUUUCCGAAUGGUCAGUCCGCCCCUGUGGUUCUCUGUUGCACUGCUGACUGGAGGGCUUCCAGAAAAAAGAAACCAAGGUCCAUGAGCAUGACUGGACUGACAACUCAUGGGCCCCCGGGCAAUAGGGGAUCAAGGGGCCCCAUGUCCUUGCCCACACUAAAAAAAAGCCUAUAAAAGGUACCAGGGGCAUUUCAUGGGGCCCCCUACUGACCCCCCGGGCCCUCGGGCAGUGCCCAAGUGUUCGAAUGGUCAGUCCGCCCCUGUCCAUGA